AUGAACCUUGCCAAUACAGUUACCCUUCAUCAACGUAUGUUCACAGAAACCAUCAAAGGAAUGCCGUAUAAACUAAUUUGUCUCUAUAGCCUAAAACCAACCCAACGGCCUCCCCUUAGCCCCUCAGGACGACCAUCUAAAUCUCCAAGACUAUCCCUACCAACACGGCCUGCAAGUAUAAAGCGGCCAUCAACCCAAGCAGAUGACAGGGAGCUGUUUAGUAAAGGUUCAAGUGUCAUUUCGGAUGAUAUUUCUGACAGCGAGGCGGACGACCUAUCUACUGAGAAGUCUGCAUCUGUUACAAACACGAAAGACCUUCUGAAGCUCUUCCAGCGGUCUCGAAAGAAGGGCCCAGAGCCGCGAAGUACUUCUAUUGAGAUUGUGGAGAGUUUUGACUCCAGAGGCACGGAUAAAGAUACCCUAGAUCUAUCUACAUGGCUAGCCGAGCUCAAAGAAGCGAUUCUACAUAGGACGGACACCUCGAAACCAGGUUAUCGCGAGAAAGCAAAACGAGAACUUGCUAGACUAUCACUACUACAGAAAGACAAUCCUGGAAUUACGGAGAUAAAACCAGACCCGCUUGAUCUCAUAAGACCUCCUCGUUCAAUUGCAGACCGUUAUUUUGCGAUAUACCUUACUCGUGAAUAUGUUAACCUGCCAGUAUUUCAUCUCCCAGCGUUGCAUGCUAUGUAUAUUGAACUAUAUACAAGUAAAAAUUCUGGAGAUGAUAAAAUUAUUUCUCUCGGCAUAUUUAACAUGAUCUUUGCACUGGGCUCUAUUGCCAUUGAUCCCUAUUUUGACGCCUCAGAUUAUUUCAACACGGCACAACGCCUCCUUCGACUAGGCUCCCUGGGGCCAGAUAGCUUCUCGACUAUACAAGCACAUAUUCUUGCCAGCCAAUACUUGAUUGCAAUCCACAACUUUCACGCUGCGUGGAAAUCUAUUGGACUUGCAAUUCGUAUUGCUGAAUCACUUCGGCUUCAUCUCUGUUCAGGAAGCCAGCAUCUUGAAGAUAGAGUCGAUAGAGAGCUUGCGAGGAGGCUCUGGCACAGCUGUAUUCUUCUAGAAAGGUUGGUUCGAUCGGAUUCAUGCACUGAUUGGGCCCAUACUGACCGGUAA